AUGGAAGUAACUCCCCCAACAGUACGCAAUUCCUUUAUCUCUUUAUGUUUGGUAAAUGCUCAAUCAAUAAGAAACAAAACAAUUGAUUUGGUUGAAUAUGUCUGUGAAAACAAAUUCGAUCUCGUUGCUAUAACUGAAACCUGGUUACGUAAUAUUGAUGAUGCGAUUACAGUUGAGCUCUGCCCUGGCGGUUACAAGUUCGCAGAAUUCCCUCGUGUUAGGUGUGGCGGCGGAGGCAUUGGACUUCUUUAUAAGAACAAUCUUAGAGUUACCACAAUUAGGUCAGGUGAAGAAGAUUCUUUCAAAUACUUAGAGUUACUAGCAGAAGUAUCGAGUUCUCGCAAGUUAAGAGGCAUCUAUAGACCGUCAUACUCAGAAUAUCAUAAGGUCUCCAUUGGCACUUUCAUUAGACAGUUCUCUAACUAUAUGCAAUCCGUUAUUUAUCAAAGGAACACCAGCUCGUUUUAG